AUGCCGCCAGCUCUCAAGGUUUGGACCCUGUUGUGUUUGUGCUACCUGUCGCAAGCGGCUCACCCAAAGCGGGCUUUCCGAUGCCCUUCAACAUGCAGCUGCUCCAAGGAGUCCAUCAUCUGCGUCGGGUCCUCCCAUAUCCUGAGGAUCGCUCCCAGCGAAAUUGUGUCCUUGAGUAUCGUCAAUGGGACUUUCACUGAGAUCAAGGAAGGGAUGUUUUCUCACAUGCCUUACCUCCAGCUGCUACUUUUGAAUUCCAAUUCUCUAACAACCAUACGGGAUGAUGCUUUCUCAGGUCUACCACAUCUGGAGUACCUGUUCAUUGAGAGCAACAAGCUGGAGACUACAUCCAGGUUUGCCUUCAGAGGACUCAGGGAUUUGACUCACUUGUCUUUGGCAAACAACAACAUUAAAGCUCUGCCUCGGGACCUCUUUGCUGACCUGGACUCGCUGAUAGAGCUAGACUUGCGAGGUAAUGCCUUCGAGUGCGACUGCAGAGUAAAAUGGCUCAUGUCGUGGCUGAAGACCACCAACGCCACCGUAUCCGAUGUCUUGUGUGCCGCACCGGAGGACCUGAAGGACAAGCGCCUCAACGACAUGAACAGCCUGCACGACGAGUGCGUUUCCACGGAUUUCGUCCUGCAUCAGUCCUUGGACGCAGAGUCUCUGUCGGUCGACACGUUCAGUUACAAGAAUGACGUCUACGUGACGAUUGCUGCUCCAACCACAGAGAGUUGCAUGGUUUUCCAGUGGGACCACAUUGAAAUGAACUUCAGGACAUAUGAUAAUAUCACAGGUCAGUCCAUUGUGAGCUGCAAGUCGGUUGUCAUCCAGGAUGAGGUGUUUGUCAUUGUGGCUCAGCUCUUCGGAGGUUCUCACAUAUACAAGUUUGACGAUGACCAAAGCCGCUUCAACAAGUUCCAGGACAUUGAAGUGACUAAGAUCUCCAAGCCCAACGACAUCGAGGUGUUCCAGAUUGGCACUGAUUGGUUCUUUGUGGUUGCGGACAGCUCCAAAGCAGGCCUCUCCACCCUCUACAAGUGGAACGACAACGGCUUUUACUCGUAUCAGUCUCUUCACGAGUGGUUCCGCGACACAGAUGCAGAGUUCUUGAACUUGGACGGAAAGGCCCAUCUGAUUUUGUCGAGCCGCUCUCAGGUUCCUGUGAUUUACCAGUGGAUUCGGAGCAACCAGAAGUUCGUCCAGCAGGGAGAGAUUCCGAACAUGGAGGACGUAGUGGCCGUGAAGCACUUCCGGAUCAAGGAGGAGCUGUACCUGGCUUUGACGCGCUAUAUCGGCGACUCCAAAGUUCUGCGGUGGAGCCCCAAGCAGUUUGCAGAGAUCCAGGCAGUUCCUUCACGAGGCUCCAUGACCCUGCAGCCGUUCUCCUUCAAAGAACGGCACUACCUGGCUUUGGGAAGCGACUACACUUUUUCGCAGAUUUAUCUCUGGGACGAGGACAAGAAACUCUUCGAGCGCUUUAAGGAAGUGUACAUCCAAGCGCCGCGCUCCUUUACGGUGGUCUCCACCGACCGCAGGGACUUCAUCUUUUCUUCCAGCUUCAAGGGAAACACAAAGAUCUUUGAACACAUCUUCAUCGACCUGAGCUUGUGAGGCCUUAUUUUCCCUCCAGGAAUCAAACGUCUUCCACAAAAGAAGAUUGAGGUUUUAAAAAAAAUGAGAAACCGUUCAAAAUAAAUACAUACGCUAAGAGAAGAGCUAGGUCAGGUAGCAUCUUACCUUUUGUUCAAAAGGCCUUUUACUGUUUUUCUCAUACAUUUUCAAACUUUAGGAGUUUACAAGAAAAAAUAUCCAAAUUGCAUGGAUAAUAAGAAUACCCUUUUUUUUCAAGUCCUUUUUUUUUGUUUGAUUUAUAUGUAUAAAACUCCUGGAAAACCCCCUGGAGAAAAAAUAAGGUUGUCCCUCCAUGUUCGUUACAGCUUGUGGUAAUUAAUGUACAGAGCUUUGCCCUACAGGAGUGGUGUGCUCUGAUGGCUCCACAGUGCCUCCCUCUGGCCGUGAUGAAGCAUCACACCCCCUAUCUUCCGUUGAAGAAAAGUUUGAAAGCACAAAUCUUUAUUAAAAAAUGUUUAGAUUGUAGUUGUUUAGCUGUUAAAGUAACUGUAGGUGCUACAGGCUGUGUUACAUGCAGCCUUUUUCUAAAAAUGUUAACGGUUUGCUCUUUUUAAGAGAGAUCAAGUUGAUGCAAACCUACAGAAGGUGAGUAUUUUUAGUUUUACGACUUUUGAGUCUUUAAAACUUGCUGCUGCAGUAGUUUGUAAAAGUUAUUGUUGAUCAGGGAAGGGCAUCUACUUUUUUUCUUUCUUUACUAAAUCCUCACCAUUGAAGUCAGAGGCCUUGCGUGAAACUCAGUGUAAAUAGAUUAACUGAAAACAAAUCCUGUUUUUUUUUUUUUUUUUCCAGAAACCUGAAUGUGGACGACUCACAAAAUGUACAGAAAAUUCUGGAAUGAUUUUUGCAAUGUCACUACAGAUCUUUGCACUUACCUGCAAAAUAAAAACAAAAAGUUACAGCAGCUUUCAAGGGCAUGACAUAAAAAAACAACUAGUUCUAGAGAAACUUGACGUCUUCUAGUGCUUUACUAACAAAAUGAAUGGCAUUGCGGUUAUUAAAAAAAUAUGCAAGUUUUAAACUGAUUUUGUAUGAUUUAGUUAUCGAAUGUCAAUUAUUCUAAAAAAUUAUUGUAAGUUUAUUCAUUUGGAUAUUCAAAUAAAAGUCUAUAAAAGCAA